CCAGCAGCCCAGAAGCGGGGCCCUGUGCCUUCCCAGCAGAAAGCAGAGCGGGAUGGGGGCGGGGUGGAGGGCAGAAGAUGCUGCAGUGGGGCGUGGGGAAGGAGGCAGGGCUGGCAGCAGGCUCCACCGCUCUAGCCCCACUUCCCGUGGUGCAGGAAUGCCCUGGACAGCUCCUUCGACCUCUGGGCUCCUCCAGCGGCUCCCCUCCGGCUGCCUCCCCCAGGCCCUCGCCUUCCCCGCCUCGCCCCCGGACGUCCAAUCAUAGGGUACCCAUGGCGUCCGACCAACUGCGCAAGGUCAAGUACCAAUGGGGCAGCGGCUCUGACGGCUACCCCAACAAGCGCAGCUGCAGGGAGCCCGAGGCUGUGGCCGCCGCUGCCGCCUCCUCCUCCGGGGCUCCCCCAGCCUCUCCGAAUGCUAAACCUCCCCCACCUCCCGGCUCCAGCCGGCCGGGCAAGGGCAACCCUGCCCAUGGGAGAGGGCCCCGCAGGCCCCCGGACCUGGAGGCCCAAGGCAAGGAAGAGGUGACCCCCAAAUCCUCACCUGGCCGGAAGUGCCCCGGCCCUACUCGCCAACCCAGGUGUUCUGAUUCCUCAGGUGCGGGUAGGGCUAGCAGCCGCACCCUGCUCAUCCAGAGGACGGAAGGCCUUAACUCUUCCCUAGAAAGCCCCCCCCUCCCUGGCAGCCCCUCGGCCAGAGAAAUGUGGACCUUCCAGGAUGAAGCCUCCCACCGGAAGGUUGAUUCCAAGGAUGAGGCUGAGAGUCAGAGUAAUUCUAUGGAGGAAGCAGUGGUGACCCAGAAGAUGAAGAGGAGAGUCAAGGACCAGGGGUCCACAAUGAUCUACCUGAAGGCCCUUCAGGGCAUUCUGGGAAAAUCCAUACCCAGAAAGAAAGAUAAGGAGGCUGUUAAAGCAGAACAAGUCCAGGACUCCAGCCCUAGAAAGAGAGAAGAAUCUGGCAAGAGGAGUGUCACGGUUCCUUUUCCAGUUAAGGAAAAGCAGCAGCAGCUACCAGAAAGCAGCAAGGAGGUAGAUAAAGCAGAAAAAGGGAAUCUCAGUAGUGUUAGGGAUGCUCAAGGUGACUCAAGUGAAAAGCCUCCGAGUAACCAGAGGACAGUCAUUGAAAAAAGUGAAGAGCCCCACUCAGAAGGACAGAGGCCUAAAGAGAGGGAAAUGAUGAUGGAAAAUCCUUCCUCAGAAAGUGACUGGUCAGACAUGGAAGAUAUUUCCACUGUCAGGUUCUCCCAAGAGGAUUCUGUUUCUUUGAACAUCUCUGUGGUUUCCGAGCCUUCUCCAUCCACUACUGAUUAUGUCAUGUACCCAGCUCACUUGUAUGGCAGCCCUUGGCGGGAUUAUGCCAGUUACUGGACCAGCAGUCCCAAGCCUUUCUGUUAUCCCACCACCAACAGCAUUGGGGAUGCUUCGAACAUCGUGGGCAGUAAUAGGAACCAACCCAGUGAUCGAUCUGCUGAGUCUAAUAACAGCAGCCCCAGGAAUACCUCCAAAGACUUGGAAAUGUUGGCAGGCAAAAAGCCCUCCUCCCUUCCUUCCUCUCAGAUGUGGGAAGAAGAAAAGGUGGGAGAGAAAAGAACAUUCCGUGAAGAGGUGCCUCGCUUUUCUCGAGAGCACACGUUGAGUUCCUCAUACAGGGGAAUCAGGGGGAGUCAAGGUUCAGUGGGCUUCAUUGACACACACUGUCACUUGGACAUGCUUUAUUCCAAGUUGUCUUUCCAGGGCACUUUUUCUAAGUUUAGAAAGAUUUAUAGCAGCUCCUUCCCAAAAGAAUUCCAAGGUUGCAUCUCUGACUUCUGUGACCCCCGUACCCUGACGGAUUACCUAUGGGAGGAUUUGUUGAAGGAGGACCUUGUCUGGGGGGCAUUUGGUUGUCACCCUCAUUUUUCCCGAUACUACAAUGAACGUCAAGAAAGAAACCUCCUUCAGGCUUUGAGGCAUCCCAAGGCUGUUGCCUUUGGAGAAAUGGGACUGGAUUAUUCUUAUAAAUGUACUUCUCCUGUCUCAGAUCAGCGCAAGGUAUUUGAAAGGCAGUUGCAAUUGGCUGUGGCUUUGAAGAAACCUUUAGUGAUACACUGCCGAGAAGCAGAUGAAGAUUUACUCUCAAUCAUGAAGAAAUUUGUUCCUACUGAUUAUAAAAUCCAUAGGCACUGCUUCACUGGCAGCUAUUCGGUCAUCGAGCCCCUGUUGAAGCACUUUCCCAACCUCUCUGUGGGAUUCACAGCCCUCGUGACCUAUUCUUCCGCCUGGGAAGUCAGGGAAGCCUUGAAGCAGAUCCCCUUGGAGAGGAUCAUUGUGGAAACGGACGCUCCCUACUUCCUCCCUCGUCAGGUUCCCAAGAGCCUUUGCCAGUACGCCCAUCCGGGUCUGGCCCUACACACAGUUCGAGAGAUUGCUAAGGUCAAAGAUCAGCCACUCUCCCAGACCCUGGCCACCCUGCGACAGAAUACCAGCCGCCUUUACAGUCUUUAAGGGAAAGAGGGACGUUUGGGUUUUUUCUUAGAAAAGGCCAUAAAUCGACAUCAAAUUGUAUUUUCUAAAAUUUUGACUGCAUUUUUUUCCAGUGCAGAGAAUGUAAACAUAGGAUUACCGUUUAAGCCAGAUUUGCCUUGAGGUGAACUUCAGUGGCUUACAACCUUCUUCCUAUUUCCCUCGCACCUUUCAGGGAGAUCCACCGAGUGCCCUGACCACAGCCCCCUGAGAUUCCAGCGCGAGCGUGCCUGGACUGUGAGGGGUCUGCAGAACCUGCUAUGGGGUGGUAGAAGAGGGAGGGGAGUCUUCCUAGAAGUCUCCUCCUCGGCCCUUAGCUCCUGAGUGGAGGAGAAGCGGAAGCUAGCUUGCUAGCCAGAAUGUGCCUGAGGGGAAGGCAAGUGGGGGGCUCAGGAGAAUUUCCAGCAGAGGGUGCAGAGAAGGUUGCUGGACUGGAUCUCCACACACUGUAGUGUGGUUUAAGCAGCAUAAAGCUUUUCAAUAAAGUCAUCUUCUAAAGCAGGAGUGUAUGGGUAAUGUCACUACUUUUCUCUUUAAAACACACCUAAAUAGGAACAUCUUUCUGUAGGAAAAUAACUCUGUAUUUAGAGAUUUGUGUUCUCAUACUAAUUAUAUUGAAAAGCCAUUGAGAUUGUCCUCGGAUCAGACGCCGCUUUUGGCCUUCCUAGUGUUCGAGGUGCCGUGUUCGGCCCAAUCACUAGGCAGUGCAGAGGCGCACAGAUGGCCAGGCGUGAUUAUGUUGACUGGUAGAUAUCCAGUGCAGGAGGAGGACACGUCACAGAGGCUUUGCACAGGAGGAAGGGCAUCUCUCUUACCCACAAGAAACCCAAGGGCUGCUUUUGGGUAAAUUUGAAAAUGGUUGUGUUCCCUCCCCCUAAUGCCGGCCAUUUGGCCUCCCUUUGGAUUGCCCUGGCUUCUACUUGCCCACUUCUCACUCUUUUCUUGGACCAUUGGACCGGAGACCAAAUCCAGCUUCCAUGUCUCUCUGUGGCAACUGUAUUUUGUUCUCCUUGAGUUUAGUGGUGCGUAACUCCUCCAAAUGUUUGUGUCUUCAGGCGUUUUUCCCAUGUAAAACAAAAAGCCCUGCUGCUGUCUUUGAAAGCAUGGCAGACAUCCUGAAGCCCAUUCUGUCCCUGACUAUCUCCUUCAGCUUUUUCCUUGUGUCGGUAUCUCUUCCCUCUCGGUGUUAGACUGUGAGCCUGCUGGGCCAGUGAUGGUGUGAUUCUGUGUUCUGUACUGUGUCUGGCCCUGCUGUUUGGUGUUCAUUUAGAGUGUAUUCGUAACAGGCUCCCUAGAGUUAAAAUUCUUGAGGGUUGAGUCAUGUUCUCUAUAUUUAGAAGGAUCUUUGAUCUAAACUCUCCUUCACCUUACAGAUGAGCUGGCCUGAGCACACUGUUUCUUAGAGAUAAGUUCAUCUUAGUUGCAAAUAUCUAGCCUUCACUUGAUUUCUGAUGUCUCAGAAGAUAGGUGUUCUUGUGAGCUAAAAAUGUUUUUUUUUCCUUUUAAAUCAUAUCUGAUAUUUUCCAUCCUGUGUAUGUGACGUUGCAGUCUGGUGUAUUUGGCACUGUCAGAAGACUUGGGUCCUGUGGACAGGUCUGCCAGCUUGCUGCACCAUUCAUUAACUGCUCUCUGCCGCACUUUUCUCCUGAGGAAAAUUAAAGGCAGUCCUGCUCUCUUACACAGGAUAUGGGAGCUAGCUAACUCCAUUUGAAAGUGCUUUUAUUGUCACCCAAGUGAACUGCAAAUAUUAAAUCCUAAUCACCAGAUGUGAACUCACUGUUUCACCUUCUAGUUAGCAUUGUAAGUGAAUUGCUGCCUAGAACUGAAAUGAACUAUUUCUGGUUGAGAGGAUUAAAACAAUGAAAUGAAUGGAAGUUUGCAAUCCCAUGCAUUUCCCCCUUGAGGGAAAGGUGCUAUGUAGUCUUCCUGAUUAUUAUUUUAUAAAUCCUGUUCAGAGUGUCAAUCAGUUAUUUGAGGUUGAAGAUAAUUGGUAUUAUUUUCAAUCCAGCUUUUGGAAAGGCAAUUCUGUGCCACCAAAAUAUCCACUGAGUUUCCUGGUUCACUCUUUCUGAAAAUAAAGUGAUCCUUGAGAUAUA